AUGGCAGGCGCUACUUUCCGUGGGGGAAUUAGCCCGCUAGGGAGCUUUCCCCCGAAAUGUUCCCGUGGAGUGACCCUUCUGCAUUCUGAGCUCGAGCAGAUAAUCGCGGUUGCUGCGGGACUGCCAACAGAUGUAGAUCAUCUGAAGGAAAUCGAGAUGCAAAAAAUGAAACAAAAGCAGAAAGAAGCUGCAGCACGGGUCUCAAAAUGGCAUAAUCUGCUCCAGAAUGCACGGGAACGGAAGUUGGCUGAGCAGCGCCUGCAGGAGCAACGGCGCGAGCAGGAAUUGCUAGCGCAAAGUCAGGAGGAAGAGAGACAACGGCAAAUGCAGGAAGAAGAAGAAAUUCAGAGGGCCAAACUCGCGACCAUGCAAAGGGAUGAGAAGUUUAGAACUUUUCUCCGCGCACAGAUGAUAGCAGAUACAAUCGCCUGGCUACGCGGACAGCAAGAGUGGCUGAACCAAAAGAAUGAUCUAGAAAGAAUGCGCCAGUUUGAUUUACUCGAGGAGCAGAAGAAACUGGAAGAGCGCCUGAGGCAGAGAGAGAUGCAUGACAAGGAAAAACAGCAGGCGAAAUUAAUACUUGCACGGGCCACUCUUAAACAGCAGAUUCAAGAAAGAGAGAAACAGAAAGAGCAGGAGAUUAUGAAAGCAGCCGCUGAAGCUGAAACAAACAAAAAGCGUCUACAAGAACUUCAACAAGCAGAAUAUGAAGCAGAAAGGGCAAAGCGAGAGGAGUCUCGCCGGCUCUACAGGGAACUGGUAAAGGAGAAUGAAGAGCUUCAAGAAAGACGCAGGGCAGCAGAGAUGCAGCAGAAAGCCGAAGAGGCAGCAGCCUUCGCUUGCGCAGCGAAACUUCGGCAAAGAGAGGAAGCGAUACGAAAGAGACAAGAGGAGGUCAGGGCUUGGGCGCUGGGAAGGAGCGAACGGCUCAUAUCUCAAGGAGCGGCGGUGAUUGCAGCUACCCAGGCAGAGGAAGCUCGGCGUAUAGAGAAUCAGUGCGAGCAGUGGAUGGCCCAGGUAAGGCAGGCAGAAGAGGCAAAGCAGCACAAGAAGGCAGCGUCGCUGCGGCACCUGAUGAAAAGUUCAGAGGAGCAGAUCGAAGCAAAACGUCGGGAAAAAAAGCAAAAGGAAAAGGAGGAUGCAGAAUACGUUGAAUUGUUUCGCAAGGCUGCAACCAUAGCCCAGGAGAAAGAGGAGCGGGAACAUCAAGAGCAGCGCAGAAACCGCUUGAAAGUGAGACACGAACAAGAGCGUCAAGCACAGGAGAAGGAGCAAUUAAGGAGACAACAACGAGAACUUAGUCUGGCAGAAGACAUGAAAUCAAACGAAAAGUUACGAGAGGUAGACCUAAUGGUGGAGCGUUUCGCUGAGGACAGCAUUGCAGCGGCAAAGGCAGCUGGUACAGACUGGCGCAUAUUGGAAAUGGCUAGAAGAAGGCUGCGACGUCAAAGUAGCCUGCGUGAACCACAUAGGGAACACAAGGGCGAUAACUCCAGAGCGAGCCCUCGAACACAGAUUUUUUGA